AUUAUGGUGAUGUCACUCGUAAUAUCUCUUCCUCUGAUCUUGGUGAUCGUGACUGCGGGGGUUGAUGGUCAGCAGUAUUGGGCAGUGAAUUACAGUCCUUCAUAUGUUUGUGCAUUAAAGCAAUCAACAGUGAAAUUGUCCUGUGCUCUAAACUAUCCUCAUGAUCAUGAGCUCACAAGAGCCUUCUGGACCAAAACUGCCGUAACUGAUGGAGAUCCACCGAACCUGUGUUUAGACCCAGAAAAGAGAGGAAGAGUUCAGUGUGACAGUGAAGAUAAAGACACUUACAGAAUCACUUUGACAAAUGUAACAAAAGCCGAUAAACACAUCUACUACUGCAGAUUCACUACAGACAGAGGAAGAUGGACAGGGAUUCCUGGAGCUCAGCUGGACGUCACAGAUCUGCAGGUGGAGACACAGCAGAGUGUGAAAGAGGGAGAUUCAGUCACUCUGACAUGUAAAAGCAGCUGCUCUCUGCCUCAACAAACAACAUUCAUCUGGUUCAGAAAAAGACAGAGAUUAACUAGAGGAAUCAUCACAGAGAAUCAGCUUCAGCUGCAGUCAGUCAGUCGUCAAGAUUCAGGAAACUAUCAGUGUGCUGUUUCAGGAUAUCAACAUCUGAAGUCUCCACCUGUUUAUCUUCAAGUACGAUGGGAUGAUGGUCUGCAGGAUUGGGGAGUGAAUUACAGCCAUUCAUAUGUUUGUGCAUUAAAGGGUUCAACAGUGAAACUGUCCUGUACUUUAAAAUAUCCUAGUGGUUGUAAGAUUGAAACAGUCUUCUGGACCAAACCUGCUGUAACUGAUGGAGAACUACCAAGCCUGUGUUUAGUUCCCAAAAAGAGAGGAAGGGUUCAGUGUGUCAGUGAAUAUAAAGACACUUACAGAAUCACUUUGACGCAUGUAACAGAAGCUGAUAAACACAUCUACUGCUGCAGAUUCACUACAAACACUACGGCCGGAAAAUGGACAGGGGUUCCUGGAGCUCAGCUGGACGUCACAGAUCUGCAGGUGGAGACACAGCAGAGUGUGAAAGAGAGAGAUUCGGUCACUCUGACAUGUAAAAGGCAGCUGCUCUCUGCCUCAACAAACAACAUUCAUCUGGUUCAGAAACACACAGAGAUUAACUACAGGAAUCAUCACAAAGAAUCAGCUUCAGCUGCAGUCAGUCAGUCGUCAAGAUUCAGGAAACUAUCAGUGUGCUGUUUCAGAAUAUCAGCAUCUGAAGUCUCCACCUGUUUAUCUUCAAGUACGAUGUGAGUACAAACUGAUUCA